AUGGGCAAGAACCAGUUGAGGCGGGCUAGGAAAAAGGCUCUUAAAUCACAGGCGACUGAGACGUCCUCAAACACACCCCAUGCGCAGGCCCAGGUCGAUGAAAACAAAUCGCCAAGUAUCUCCAAGGCUGCUAGUACAGAGCUACAAAUCACGGUGUUCCCGGAUUCUGCCGAUCCACUAUGGCAGAUGUAUAAGGAUAUCGUUGACAAAUUUGAAGAACCCGAAGAUGAAAAAUCGAGUUUGAAGGAGCCUCCAAAACCAGAAAUCUACUUUGACGAUGAUAAUGAAAUACCGGAUGAGGAAGAGAAAGAAUCUUCUAUAUCGAAACGGAAGCGAAAGGAAUUAAACAAGCUUUCUGUCGCCGAACUGAAAGCGAUGGUCCGAAGGCCUGAAAUAGUCGAAUGGACGGAUACAUCAGCCCCUGAUCCUCGGUUGCUUGUCCAUUUAAAGGCACAACGCAAUGUUGUCCCCGUGCCUUCGCAUUGGAAUCUGAAACGGGAAUACCUGUCUUCCAAGAGAGGUAUAGAAAAGCCACCAUUUGCUCUUCCCAAGUUCAUCCAGGAAACCGGAAUCUCGGAGAUGCGCGAUGCUGCAUUGGAGAAACAGGAGCAGGCAACGUUGAAACAGAAACAGAGGGAGCGAGUUCAGCCGAAAAUGGGAAGAUUGGACAUUGAUUAUCAAAAACUAUACGAGGCAUUUUUCCGGUUCCAGACUAAGCCUGAGCUUACGCGGUAUGGCGAAGUCUAUUACGAGGGCAAAGAAUACGAGACCAAUCUUAGACACCUCCGGCCGGGUGAGUUGAGUGCUGAGCUGAAAGAGGCGCUUAAUAUGCCACCUGGCGCCCCUCCUCCUUGGUUAAUCAAUCAACAACGAUACGGCCCGCCCCCUUCUUACCCGGCUCUGAAGAUUCCAGGUCUCAAUGCCCCUCCGCCCCCUGGCGCUAUGUGGGGAUAUCAUCCUGGAGGUUAUGGAAAGCCUCCAGUCGAUGAGCACAACAGACCUUUGUACGGUGGCGACAUAUUCGGUGUGCUACAACCUCAGCAAUCCGUGCAGCAGGGCGAACCCGUUGAAAAAGACCUUUGGGGAGAAUUGCAAGAACCAGAUAUCUCAGAGGAUGAAAGCGAGGAAGAGGAGGAAGCAGACAGUGCGGAUGAUGAUGAUGAUGUCGAUGACGUUGAGGCAGGAGUGCAGACCCCAAGUGGAUUAGAAACCCCCAGUGGGUUGGCUUCUGCUGUUCCAUCUGAGAUGACGGGUCCCGAGAAUAUUGCUGGUGAGUUCGACGUACGAAAGCACUAUCGGGGAACUCAGACCGAAGAGUCGGUGGGCCAAAGAAGCGCUUUUCAAGUCAUCCCAGAGAGACAGACGCAAGUACAGGGGUUUUUCGGUGCUGAUAGGGCAUAUGACCUUGGUGCAUCCUCGAACACUCUGCCUGUGCUCGGCUCUGAUGACAGUGGCAAGAAACGCAAAAGGCCUGGAGACGUUGACGUAUCUGUUGAUCCCGAUGCAUUGCACGCGAACGAUGGCAUUGAUCGAGAGGAUAUAAAAAGGUUAUACGAUUCCCAGAAAAAACAAAGCAAUCCAGGCUGGGAUUUUCAGGAGGAUCUUAGCGACAUGAUUGCGCAUGAGAGCCGAAAGAGGCUGAAAUAG